GAAACCGUCUUAUGUACCCGAGGAACCGCAUGUAUGGAAUGAUUCUAGAUGAAGUUCUGUCCGGAGCUGUGUUAUUGAAGACCUUCUCUCAUUGGAUUAUCCAAUUUCCCCUUUAAGCUAAGAACAGGACGUGUAUUCUCUCGAGAUUCUCCUGUCUCCACCAGGAUUUUUUCCGUACCUCAUAUUUUCCAUAUGAGCUCAUAAUUCCCCUAAGCCAAUCCCCCCCCCUGUAAUUCUUCUCUCUCUUUCGAAUUGAGUCGCUCUAAUCUCACUUUUUUCUAAAUGAAGUUAUGUAGCAAUCUACAUGUUUGUUGAAUUGUCUAAAUGGCUUUCUCUUCUUGCCUUCUUCAAUUCUACCCUUUCACUCUCCCCCACACUCUAAGCCUCCCACCUCGUUCUCUCUCUUCCAAAUCCCUCAAACCCAUUUACACCAUACCCCAUAGGGAACUACUCACUUCCAUCUCAGCCUCAACUUCACCUUCUCCCUCCCUAACCCAUAAACUCCCACCGGACUUCUCCACAGAGCAGCUCCUCCACGCCCUCAGCCAACAAAAUGAUGAAACUUCUGCGGUUAACCUCUUCCGUUGGGCCUCCAAACAGCCCAAUUUCAAACCCACUUUGCCCGUAUACGAGGAAAUCAUUCGGAAGCUUGGACACCUUGGAUCAUUCGAUUCAAUGAAGCGAAUCUUGAAGGAUAUGAGGGUUUCCAAUUGCAGGCCCGACGAAGGUACUUUCUUGAUUUUCAUUGAGAGUUACGCGAAACGAGAUUUGUAUGAUGAUGCUAUUGGGGUUCUUGAUAUGAUGGAACAAGAAUUUGGGUUGAAACCGGGAGGGUAUACUUACAAUUUUCUGUUAAAUGUUCUUGUUGAUGGAAACAAGUUAAAAUUAGUGGCUAGCGUUCACUCCAUGAUGUUUGCUAGAGGCGUUGAACCUGAUGUUUCAACAUUUAAUAUAGUGAUAAAGGCUCUGUGUAACUCCCAUCAAAUUAGGCAUGCUAUUUUAAUGAUUGAAGAUAUGUUUAACUAUGGUUUGGCACCAGAUGAGAUAACAUAUACCACCAUAAUGCAAGGAUAUAUUGAGGAAGGGAAUUUGGAAACUGCGAUUAGAAUCAGGGAGGAAAUGAAAGCAGCUCAAUGCCCACUGAGCAAAGUAACUGUUAAUGUUUUGAUUCAUGGGUAUUGUAAAGAGGGUAGAAUUGAGGAAGCUUUGAAAUAUGCAGAAGAGAUGUGGGUUGAGGGAUUUCGUCCCGAUCAAUUUACUUUUAAUACUUUGGUGCAUGGUUUGUGCAAGUCUGGACAUGUUGAGCACGCGUUAGAGCUUUUGGAUUUAAUGCUUCAGGAGGGGUUUGAUCCGGAUGUCGUCACUUAUAACACUUUGAUAUCCGAACUGUGUAAAUCUGGUCAAGAUGAUGAAGCCGUGGAAGUUCUCAAUCAGAUGAUUUCAAGGGAUUGUUCCCCUGAUACAGUGACAUAUAACACUUUGCUUAGCAACUUGUGCAAGGAGAAACAAAUGGAAAAGGCCGCUGAAUUUGCUCAUAUUAUUAUGAAGAAGGGAAUUCUACUGGAUGUUUCUACGCUAAAUUCCCUCGUAGAAGGACUCUGCUUGACGAAGAAUCACAAAUUUGCAAUUGAAUUGUUCCAUGAAUUGAAAAACCAAGGGUGCCAGCCUGAUGAGUUUACUUACAAUAUGCUAGUCGACAGCCUUUGUUUGAGAGGAAAACUAGACGAAGCUUUGCGCCUAUUUAAAGAAAUGGAAACAUGUGGCUUCACACCAAAUGUAAUAUUGUAUAACACUCUCAUAGCCGAAUUUUGCAAGAAGAAGAGGAUUGAAGAAGCGGGGGAGAUUUUUGAUCAGAUGGAACUCGAAGGUGUUUCAAGAAAUAAGGUGACUUAUAACUCCCUUAUUGAUGGCCUUCGUAUGAGUAAGAGAAUGAAUGAGGCCGCGGAGCUUAUGGAUCAGAUGAUAACGGAAGGACUUCAACCUGAUAAGUUCACCUAUGACUCAAUACUCUCUCAUUUCUGCAGAGCUGGCAAUAUGAAGAAGGCGGCGGACAUAGUCCAAACCAUGGCUUCAAAUGGGUGUGAACUGGAUCAUCUCACCUACGGAACCCUAAUACAGGGAUUUUGUAAAGCGCGUAAAAUCAAGCCUGCAACUAGGCUCCUUAGAACUAUGCAGUUGAAUGGAAUGGCUUUGACCCCGCAAAUCUAUAAUCCCCUAAUCGAAGCCCUCUUCAAAGAGAAUACAGAAGAAGCCAUGACACUGUUUAGAGAAAUGGAAGAGAAUGGUCACCCUCCAGACGCCGUUUCAUAUAAAAUUGUUUUUCGCGGGCUAUGUUCUGGCGGAGGACCUAUUGGAGAGGCUGUCGAUUUCCUGGUUGAAAUGACUGAUAACAGACUAACACCGGAAUUCUCUACGUUCUGUCUGCUGGCUAAAGGACUUUGUGUUUUAUCCAUGGAGGACACUUUAGUUAUGCUUGUUGAAAGGAUCAUGAAGGCGGACAACUUCUCCGAAAAUGAGGUGUCUGUGGUAAUGGGGUUGAUAAAAAUCCGUAACUUUCAAGAUGCAUUGGGCACUCUUGGCAGGAUUUUGAAUAGGAGAUAUCCCAAGAGAGGUUACUAGGGAAGAUUGAUGCUGGGAAACCAGUAUUGCAAGGUACAGCUUGCAUUCCUGCUUGUUUCUAACAACGGAAUAUGCCAAGGGGAAUGGUGGAUUUUGAAACUAUGGAGUACUCCACAGGAUGAACAGAGUUCCCGGGAUCCAUUUGCUUUCAGAUGUACUGGGAAUGCGUUUAUCGGCACUGGUAUUCAUGCAAUUUGACUUUUGUCUAAAUUCAAACUCAGUUUCUUUUUUCCUUACCAGCAACGGAAUUUUAGUUGCUUUUCUUGUGGUACAUAAAUCUAAUAUCUGAACCACA